UGACUGCCCGGCACGACGAUAAACAACCGAGACGUUACGCGGUGAAAAGCAGUCGACAAAAACUCUUGAAACAGUCAACACUCCCUUUGUUGUCAUUCUAACUAGUGUACGUGCGUUUGGUUGUCCUUCACUGCACGGACAAAAACUCUGUUUACACGAGUAAAGAUUUUCAUCAAAAUUGGACACCAUCGUGUGAUAAUAAUUAGACUGAAGGGGAGGUAGGAAAAAUGGACAUUUCACCUCGCAGCGGAUCUAAGAGGGCCCCGGAGCCGGUCGACGACUGGCUGAGGACUGAGGGAUAUUUCAGAAAGAAUGCACCUCACGAUGCAACGUGCUUGUUCAGGGCAGUCAGUGAGCAGAUUUAUUUGACUCAGUAUUAUCAUCUGAAAGUUAGAGAGCAGUGUGUGGCUUUUAUGAGGCAGAAUAAGGAGCUGUUUGAAGAGAACGUGAAAAUUCCUCUUGAUAAUUACCUGGAUCAACUCUCCUGUGUCACUGAAUGGGGAGGCAACGUUGAGAUGCAGGCAAUGGCUCAACUCUACAAACGAGACUUCAUGAUCUUCAAUGCUUCCAAGCUGGAACGAUACAAGGCGACUGACAAUGGAUUCACGAAAUUUAUUUACCUUUGUCAGAUGGGACCCAAGGUUUUUGAGAGCGUCUUCGAGAGGGAGGUCAUCUCCACCGCAGCUUUCUGUCAAUCUCUAAUGUACCAAACCCUCUACAAAGACGUCUUCGGCAUGUCCGGUAUCGACGACGUGGUCCAGAACAUGCUCCACGAGCGUUCCCCAAACAUGCGGCACACCAAGUUCUUCCUGAAGACCAACCUGGACAACCGCGACCAAUUGGCAACUGAGCUGCGCACCAAGAUGGACCCCGAGGACUCCGGCGAGUCCCCCCAGAGACCGAGGUCCGAGAAAGCCCCAUUCCCCUACCGUAUCGCCAAGGCCCUGGACCCCAACAUCUACCGAAACAUCGACUUCGACAUUUGGCACGAGCUUCGCAAAGAGGUUCGCUGUACUGGCUGGACUCGUUGGAACGACUCAGAGCUGCAGAUCGGAGCCAAAUGCCUGGUCCAGCUGGACAACGACAAGGAGAACAUCAACGAGACCAACAAUAACAAGACUCACCCCACAUCAGAUCCAAAUGGCAACCCCCAGGAGUCUCCAAACUCUGUAAAAAAAGUCCCAGCUCUGCUGAUCGGUCACAUCCAGGAGAUGAGCAAGGACAAUGGUCCAGUUGUGGUCUUCAUCGAGGAACUGGGUGAGAAAAAGACGGUUCCCUUCAAGUCCCUGAAGCCCCUCCUAGCCACUCGCAAGCCCCACCUCCCCCUGGGCGUAAUCAGCCCUCGAAAAAACCUCCCCCACGAUCACUCCCCCAAAUACAGAAACAAAUGGACCCAGUCCACCCGAAAGCCCAAGGAGUCCUACAACAACCUGGACAAUCUCAACAACAACGACUGCCAGGACCCCAAGAAGUCCCCCAACCCCGAUUGGGAGGACUCCACCUACCAGAAUCCCACAGUGAUCCUGAAGCCCUUCACCUCAGUCGACAACUACCACAACAACAACUUCGUGAACACAAUGGAGGUUCGACCAGUCUCAAUAGUCCUGGAUAAUCCCCAGCCCCUGAUGGCGACCCCCAACGACCCCAGGAUGGAAACGGAUGAGGUUAACAACAAGCCCUCAAUCUCCCCAGCCAACAACAACAAUCCAAUGAUCAAUAACAAUAACAUAUCCCAAAUGGAUAAUUACGAGAAGCUUCAGGGAGUUCAGGGCCAGGGCCACCCUCAGGGGCAGGGACAGGUCAACGAGAUUGUUAAUCCCCCUCCAGGGCUCAUGCACCCAAUGCAGACGACCCUGCCCUCCCCCAUACCGCCCCAGCAAGAGCCAUACUACACUCAAUCCCACUCGUUAACACCGAUCUACGCUCCAACCCCAAGUGUCAUGUGUGUCUCCUCCGAGGGGAUGUAUCCAGUCCAGUACUACGGACAGGACAAUGCACCGCCCCCAGGACAGGAUCGACCAUAUCGUCUGGUAAAUUUCACUGCAACUAUGAGCAAGGACGCCAAUGGGAGUGAUCUUCCUUUCUCCGAUCCAGUGACACUGAGAUUCUUCUACAAUCUUGGAAUUGAAUUCUUCAGAUGUGGAAACAUGUGGCCCCCAGGACCAGUGCCUUUUGCAUCAUCAGGACCUAUGAGUUAUGUGCCACCAAGUAAUGUUGUGCCAAUGGUGUCGCCUGUUGUUGCUGCUGAGGCCCCUCAGAGCAUUCAGACACCCCCGAGGAGGGAGGAGGAUGCAGUGAGGGCGGGCUACCAGGGGAAGAGGAGGAACGAUCAGGUGAGUGAUCAGAGGAGCUCUGGAAGGAACUCGGGGAUGAGCUCGGAGAGUCGUGGGAGUUUCAGGGGUAAUUAUCCUCGCAAGGAUCAGGGAUGCUUUCAGAGAGAUAAUGGAGGUAAUACCUCUUACGAGUAUCAGAAGGGAAAGGGUUUUGGGGGGGAGGAGAAGGAGGUCAGGGAGCAGAGGGACAUGAGGGACCAGAGGAAGAAUGGAAAUCGAUUUAAUAAUAACAACAGCAACAAGAAGGGCAAUGAUAAUCGUGGACGUAAUUUCGAGAGGAAUAACUCGUUCCAGGACUAUCAGAAGGGGAGGGAUGGCAACUUUAGGGGUGAUAAUCAGUCGUUCAGGAGGGCUCAGGCUGAUCAGCUGUCAGGGAGUGCUCAAGGACAUGUUCAGGGAACUGUUCAGGGAUCACCACAUGCUGGGGGUCAGCCGUUCCAGGGGAGUUAUCAGCAGCCUGUUUACAAUGAGGUUUAUUAUUCCAGUGAGGGACAGGGGUUUUAUCCACCCAGUGGUAAUUUUUAUCCGAUUGGAUUCUUGCCACAGCCGCAGGAACCUCCUGAGGGCGCUGGGAAUUAUGUGUGCUCUGGGGUGGAGAACUUUCAGCCACCGAUCUCACCGAUUUAUACUCAGUAUGUUUAUCCUCCUCCGGGGGUUUAUUCUGGUGUUACUCCUGCUGGGGGACAGGAGAACUGGUAUUCUGUUCAGGGGGCUCAGGGGUUUGUGCCUUAUCAAGUGCCGGUCACUCAACCACCACCUAAUUUGGGGAACAGACCACCGACGAGCUCGUAAGGGGUGGCGAACGGAAAAGUGGGGAUGUGAGGGUUUUUUGCUUUGAUGUUGUUUUUCCGGUGUUGUAGGGUGCACGUGAGAAAAAAAUUAGUAGAUGAACCUGGCGAAUUGGAUGGGCAAUUCGAUUGGAUUGGUAUUGAACUUUCUAUUAGAUUUUGGUCGAUUCUGUUGAGAUGUUCAAUGGAAAAUAUUCUGUAGAAAAAGUCAGUAGAAUUGGAUUUUUUCUACGCAAAUUAUUCUAUUGAGAUGUUUUCUACAGAAUUUCCUCGGUUCAAACUUUCCAAGUUGGUUUGCCUAGUUUCUUUUUGUUUCAUUUGCUUGAUGAAAAGAAAGGAAAAGUAGAAUUUAAAAAACUUGGAAAAUUUGAGAUGGGGAGAUUCUAUAAGAAUAUGUCAAUAGUAUAAUUUGAUCUCAGUAUCUCAACGAAACAAAUGUCUCAGUAGAAUAAUAGAAAAAUCGAGGUGUAUUAGCUCUUUCUAUAGAAUAUUUUCCAUUGAACAUUUCAAUAGAAUCGGCCAAA